CUAUCUUCAUGUAGGUUAUUGUUUCUGUUACUUUAACCUUACUUUUUUUAAAAUCUUAAAUAACUUUGGAUUAUUUCAUUGAAAUUCUAAAAUGGAUUACGACGAUUAUGAUGAUUUCGACGACUUUCUAUCGGAUGAUUCCGAUAUUUCCGUUAAUAUGAACCAUCCCAGGCCGCCACCCGAAGUAACAUACGAGCAGAAGCUUCAAAACCUUUUCUUUUAUAUUAUGCGUGGGAACCUGGAAGGAAUUUGCGAAUUACUCGAUUCGGGCAUAGAAACCAAUUGUGCUUUACAAGAUCGUUGGAAACCACUGACUUUAGCCGCAUCUGUUGGUAACGAGCAAAUCGUUCACGAGUUAGUUGUACGCGGUGCAGAUGUAAACGAUCACCGAGAUCAUGUUACUGUAUUAAUGCUGGUAUGUAGCUGUCUUGAAAAGAACUCGCCAUUUGAAAAGUGUUACGAAAUUGUUGUGGAGUUAAUAGAAUGUGGCGCCAAAGCCGAUGCGUGUACCCGACGAAAAGAAACUGCUUUAAUGUUUGCGUCUGGUAUUGGAAAUGCAAAAAUUGUAGAGAAACUGCUUACAUGUUCGAAUAUUUUAGCCGAAGAUCAACGAGGAUGGAAUGCACUAUUUUGGGCUGUAAAUUCUAAUAAGGUAGAGAUAGUUAAAAUACUUCUGAAUGCGGGAUUGAAUCAUACAAAACCAGAUGUGUGCGGUAAUACACCUUUGGAAUUGGCAAAAAUGCAGGAAUUUACCGAGAUUAUCAGCCUUCUCUCGGAGGAUACUGGCGAUACAAUGUGUGUGCCAAUGAAGAACACUUACGACCUAGAAGAUUUUUUAUCAGAGUCAAAUAGGCCUCAAUUUCUGCCCGAUAUUCUUUCAAUUCUGUAUGGGGCACGGUGUGAAAGCCUUCAAAAUCUAUUCGUAGAUACUGAUUUACUAGCAUUCUUAUCUUCAAAUGAAAAUUCUUUAUCGGAACUAGGAGUCAGAUUGCCUUACCAACGCAAGAGGAUAUUAAUGGGUUUAAGCAACUUUCAUAAACAUUUGUUUAAGAAGAAAUCAAUUCCAACUGUCCCAAAAAAUGCGGAAUAUACAACUAUUGAUGUCUCUCACGCUUUAUUUGCAGCAGUACGUCACUUGACUGUAAUGGAAGCUAAUUUGGUGUACAUAUUACAGUCCAAUAACCAUGAUUGGAACGAGUAUGCCGAGAGUAUCAGCAGCAUAAGAAGAAAGUUCAUUUUUAUGAAAAAGGUUGCUAAUGAUUUAGACAGGUUAACGCAACAGUGGGACCAUGGCAGUAAACCUGUCGAUUUGAUCAUAAGAACGAAGAAUUCAUGGUUGAAGCUUAUCAAAAAGUUCACCUACUGCGGUAUUGUUCUAAUUGGUGGUACUUUUUUAAUUAAAAAAAUUAUUUAAGCGCAAAGUAAUGAAACUGACAUGUGAUUGUGAUAUUACUAUCAUUCCUAGCCUUUUUAUUGCUAAUGUCAUUUGUUGUGCCAUUAUUAUCCACUUCAUUACAAUUUAAGUGUUUAAAAUAUGCCUUAAACGUAUUGCUGCCAAACAUUGAAAAGUGUAAUCUAUGCAUUGUUGGUCUAACAACAUUUUAAAAAAAUGGGAGUGUUUACCCCCUAGUUUAUGUAAGUUACUUAUCUUCAUUUCUGAACACCUGAGAGGUGGAAGUUGAUAUCAUUACUUAAAUAAGAAACAAAGUUGUCUUUGUAAUCAUAUUACCUUAAUUGAAUAAUAAAUUUUA